AAAAAAUUUUACUAGUAUUUACAGAUAUGACACGGAUAAAGUACCAAGAAUUUGGACAUAUUGUGUAUUCGUGUCCUCGUAAUGAAACAGAAUUCCUUGCAUCAGCCACAAGACUUUCCUGUGAUGUGGACGGAAACGGACGUUAUCGGUAUGUCUGUGUACCAAAUAAUGAGCGGUCGGCCAUUGUGGAAUUUUGUUACAACUACACAAGUGGUCUUUAUGAAAAAGGAAAUUGUUUGAUCGUUUAUGAAAAUGGCUUUUUGGACCAAGUCAGCUGUCUUGAUUUCAGAAAAGGAUGCCCUGCAGACCCUUUCUUUUUUUCCGACUUGUAUAAAUAUCCGGCAUGUCACGAAAUAAAUCAGCAAGAAAAAUGCUUCUAUGCGGAUCCCGCAUGCCAAAAUACAACUAUUACGACGGAAUCCCUGUUUUCAUCAACAACUGUAACAACAGAAGAAACAGCAUCUUUUCCCACAUCAACUUUUGUAGCAAUCACACUGGUGUCGCUUUUGUCUCUCUUAUUCAUAAUUGCUAUACUAUUUUAUGUCUUCAGAAAAAGGAAAGGGAAUCUAACACAAAUUACAGGAGUUUCACAUGAUAAAGAAUUACUUAUGCCUGAUAUCGAGCCAAGUGGCGAAGAAGACGAAAGUGAAAGCGAUACCCAUGAAGAAUGUUUAAAUCAACUCAUUUCCCGCUAUUUGGGUGACUACAAUGUGUGGAAAACAAAAUUAUCAGAUGAAUUUCAAAAAAUGUCUGGCGAAGAGGUAGCCAUGCUUUUCUCCUUUCUGUGUUCUGACACCGGUUGUCCUAACUUUAAUGACAGAGAGAGGCUUGGAAUAUUCAAUCACAUUCGAAAAUACUGCGAUAUGGAGACUAAAUCCAGUGACAGUCUUAUAUUAAUUCGGCAUAAAUGCAGUGAGAAAGAUUUUUUAUCGAGUGAGGAGGCAUACCAAAUACUAGACAAACUAAAGGCAACUGAAUUUCUUUAUGAGGAUCAAAAUGAAGUUAAUAUAACUGAGGAUGCCGCAGAUGAAACAAUGUAUUGUAUUGUACAGCGUUCCGUCAAAUACAGUGUCUACAAAUUGUUCUUAUUUAGUUUCACCACAACACUGAAAUACUUUAGAACGCGAGGAUACCAUAGAAAGCCUCGAGAAAAAUGUCUGAUUAGUGGAAGCUCACAAGGUGAUAAAAUUAUAAUUCACCGCCUACAAAUGAAUAUUCUGACGCAUAUUACUAUGGAGGAUAAAAACAUCUUUCCUUAUGUGUUCCAGAUACUGAAUAUUCCUGAUGCUGUAUCAAAUAAAGAUGGAGAUGAAAGGAAAACUUUUAUAACAGAUCUAGAGAAAAAAGGGGAGAUCCUUAACUACAGUGGGAAAUCUCAGAGCCAAGCACAAGUCAAAUGGUUUCAUAGAUUCUGGAGACCUGCCAUAGUGCGAUCCUGUGUAGGGAAUCACCCACACAUGGAUAUUUACAUCAUUAAUAACAAGGCUUACAAAGUACCAAGUCGGUAUCACAGUUACUCGUGGGACAUCAAAAGUCUGCUCUACAGCAUAUUGUUUUUGGACAACUACACUUUUAAAGUCUCUGAUAUUUCUCAUAAAACUUUACUGAAGGAAAUCAGAGGAAGAUACUAUGCAACAGAAACUAUAUCUGAAGAUUUUGACUCAACACGUCUGCCUAAUGAUUGCGUGCAAACACAAUAUAAUACCGUGACAUUUAUAUCAGACGACAUCCGACAUGACGUCAUGUACGCCUUUGUUACGGAGUGUCUGGUGGAGGACAGUGAUUUGGAGUUUUUCCUGACCACGGCAUCACGUGACGUGAUCUCAGAAUACUGCAGGUCCUGGAAUUAUAAGAGGAAGGAAAAAGAAAGGUGCAUCUAUAUACCAAAUAGGCACAGGGAUCUGUACGGAUAUUUCAUUGAUAAACUACAGCUUGACAUCAUCAAACACUGCACUGUUUCGGACCAAAGUAUUCGUAGCAAGAUCUGCGAAUGUUUAAAAGUUCCAGAAGAAAUACUACAUUGGGACCAGCGAGCUCGAGAACAAUACGUUGAGUGUGCUUCGCAAGGAACGCAUACGGUACACCAUGCUAGGGGGAUGAUAGUAGGUUGUGCACAAGCUGGUAAAACAACCCUCCUGAAACGUCUGAUGGGAUGUAGUAAGAGGGAGAUUCUGAAUGUCACCCCAACAGAAGGUUUGGAGGUCCACGAAAAAAUACUAGAGAUUUGUGAGGAAAAUGAUACUAAAUUUCUCAAAGCUACAUCAUUGCAUGAAAAUGGAAGAGGUGUAAAUGUAAUUGAUAAUCACAAGAAGACCUUGAGUUUCUUUGACUUUGGAGGACAGUGUGCGUACUACGCCUGUCAUCAGAUUUAUCUAACAAGAAGAGCCUUCUAUAUCAUUGUGGUAGACGCCUCAAAGAAACUUGAUGAAAAAGUAAAUGAGAAUGUGUGCGAUCAAAAAGGAACUUUGUUCUCUGAAUGGAUCUACGGUGACUAUUUCCUAUUUUGGCUUAAAUCCAUACACACAUACUGCGGAGCAGAAACCGGGAAAACACUUCAACGAAGAAUUAUCAUCGUAGCAACACACUGGGACAAUAAACAAUACAAGAACGAAACUAAAUUUCUAGAAGCUCUGCAAAGCAAGAUCCCUAGAGGUUCGCAUUUACUGCAAUACAUACAGAGAAAGAGUUGCUUUUUCAUUAAGUUUUCUCUCCGAAGAGACAAUUGCAGUGUUUUUACUCGGUUUUAUCUAGAACCUUUAGAUAAUUUAAAAGAACAUAUCAUAGAAAUUAUCUCAGAAGAAAAUUGGGAGGUAAAGAUACCGAGAGAGUGGGCUUUACUAGAUAUAAAAUUCAAUCAAAGAAGAGCUAAAUGGAAAAUCUUGAGAGAACAAGAUAUUGAAAUGAAGACUCAGAAAGACAGUCCGCAAGAUAACACUAAAAGGCAGACGUCUAAGAAGAAUAUGCUACGGUACUUUCACGACGCAGGAAAAGUACUGUACUUUAACGAAGAGGGUUUAGAGGAUUCUGUCAUCAUUGACAUACAAUGGUUUGUAGAUGCCUUUAAAAACAUCAUUACAGACAAACUAAACUUGGAUGGAAUUUUUGCUACUAGGAGUGACUGGGAGGAGUACUAUCAUACUGGAUAUCUAAAGGAUUGUGUUCUUGAAGCAAUUUGGAAGCAUAAAGAUGAACAAUUAGACAAACAACUGACAAAGCAUGAAAGCUUGGAAGACUCGGAUUUUCCGGAUGACGAGAUUUUUUUCGAUGUUAAAGAUCAAUCUCUGCGUCAAACAAGCGAAGGCAAUCAACCCAAUCAAUAUUUCCAACAGCAUCGAAAAAGUCUCUUGAAUGUCAUGGAUAGACUUGGAUUAAUAGCCACUGGUUCAGAAUCCCAUUACAUUCCUUGCAUGAACCGAAAAGAAUUUGACGAAGAAACUCAAAGAAAACUUUUUGAGAUAAAGAACAAAUCUUCCAUAUUAGUCUUUCAGUUCAAUUUUCUGCCUUACUUCUUUUUCUUUCGUCUUGUUGUCGCCUGCAUGCACCAAGACAGAUGGAUUGUGCGCAAAAAUCAAAAUUUGCCUUGUCUUUACAGAAAUGCUGCUUUGUUUUCCUUCCAUGAUCAUCAUAUUGCAAUUGCAGUAACAGUAACGUCCAUACAGCUCCAGGUGUACCAGCCAAUAUCCAGUCAAUCAUUGGAUCUGCAAAAAACUAAAGAAAUCCAAAGCUCUGUAGAAGAAAUGCUAUACAAAAUUUCAGCUACGUUUGAUAGAAAAAUUGAUUUUGAGAAGGGUUUUAGUUGCAAAAAUGAAAAUGAGCAAUCAAUAGGAAUGGACAUUGAAGAACAUUUCAUUCCAGAGAAAGAAAUCAUACUUGGAGAAGAAGUCGUUUGUCCAGUUCAUCAUGGUAGGGAUUUGCAUACUAUUAAUACAGAAAAACUGACAAAAUACUGGAAAAUUCACGCAAGGUCCGCACAAAAACCUUUUUAAAUCCAUGACAGUACAUUAUGUAAUAUGUAUGAUAAAAAAUCAACGAUUUCAAGUUCGAAGAAUAAAAGGGGAACAUUUAGUAUUGACGUAUGCAAAAUAUUAACUAAUAAAUAUCUUUGAAAAU